AUGAUUUGCUGGAAUGUGAGAAGGCUCAAUAAGAGUGCUAGAUGCCUUGAGGUUGGAGCCCACCUCAGAAAACAAAAGGUAAUCUGUCUAGCUCUAUUUGAAACUCAUGUGAAAAUGAAUAACUGUAGCCAAAUUAGGAAAAAGCUUGGUUUUAAUUGGGAGUAUACUGAUAACUAUGAUUGUCACACCAAUGGAAGAAUUUGGCUAGCCUGGAACCCUCUAGUCUGGAGUAUGACAAUCAUUGAGAAAUCAGGCCAAUUUAUACAUACUGAAGUUUAUGCUAAACAAGGAGGAUUCUCACACUACCUGACUGUAAUAUAUGCCCACAACCAGAUUACCAAUAGAAGGAUACUAUGGCAGGAUUUGCAGAGAAUCAAUGAUAACAUCAAUGGGCCAUGGAUUAGUGUUGGUGACUACAAUAAUGUAUUGAAAGUGGGGGAUAGGCUUGGAGGAAAUGAUGUUCACCUAGCUGAAUUCAUAGAUAUGGAGAGUAUGAUGAAUAACAACAACCUUUUUGAACAUGACACAACAGGGCCUGUCUUUACAUGGUUUAACAGACAAAUGAAUAAUCCCAUUUAUUCAAGAAUAGAUAGAGCACUUGUUAAUAUUGCUUGGUGUAAUGCUUUCCCCAACUGUGAGAUAGAAGUGUUGAACUCUCAUAUCUCAGAUCACUCACCUCUGAGAGUCAAGUUAGAUGGCACACAACAGGUAGCCAAACACAAGCAGAGAUUCAAGUUUCUGAAUUGUGUGGCUGAUCACCCUGAGUUCCUCACCACUAUGAAAGAGAAUUGGAGCCAACAUGCCUCAGGCUAUCCUAUGUAUCACUUAUGGAAGAACCUCCAAAGGCUACAAUUUAAACUUAAAGGGCUUAACUGGAAAGUGACUGAAGGAAUUAGAAAUCUCAGAGAUAGUAGGGAGCAAUUAGAUAAAGCUCAGAGCUUCCUAAACAAUGAUCCUUUAAAUCCUGAUCUUUGCCAUAGUGUCAAAAUCUGGACUGAAGAAGUGAUGAGAAAUGCUGAGCUUGAAGAGAAAAUACUGCAUCAGAAGACUAAAAAGGACUGGAUAUCUUUGGGAGAUGGCAACAAUGCCUAUUUUUAUGCAAAAUUGAAGACAAAAAACAGGCAGACCCAAAUCACAAUGCUCUAG